AUGGUGUCAUCCUCUUCUCUUCUUCUACUUCUCUGUAUCUGCACCGCUCAGCACGACCGUCAUCCAGCUGCCGCCACUCCAACGAACGCUGCUUUCAUGGCCAGCAUCUCCCACGUCGUAGUUUCGCUCCGUCGGAGACAGCUUGCGGGAAAAGUAGGCGCACGGGAACAUCUUAUCGGCGGGUCCCUGGCGUUGGGACAGUAUGGCUCCUACUCCUGUGUUGGACGCGACCACUUCGACUAUGAAGGGUCGGUCCGGGUCAGGGUGGUGGAGAAUAGGUGCCGAGGUGAAGCUCUCCUUGAGCUGGCUGAAAGCAGAGCCGGGAAUGGCGGCGAAUAUCGGUGUGGUGUCGUUGGUGUUGAGCUGACAGGGCUCCUCCGAGUCCCGGUGGUGUACGGAACAUGCGUCGCCCCAGCUGGUGAUGUGCAGCUCGGGCCAGGAAAUGGUCGGGUCAUGGAGCUGGAGCCAUGGAAGUCCGAGAAUGAGGGUGUGUCAUGGAGAGUGAAUGGCGUGGAAGGAGAGAUGCUCCUGAUGCUGGUCCCCCACCUGCAGGCUGAGAUCUCCGGUGAGAGCAGUAGCAGGGGGCGUUCCUCCCAGCCUGCUUCCACGGUGAGAGUGCAGAAUGCCAGUGCGUAUUCAGCCGCGGUGCGAUCGCCCUGUGAUGUGGCCAGCAAGCGCUCCUCCGCGCUCUCCCCUGUGACAGACAUCAUGGAGUCCAGAGCAUCCCUCUUCAUUCUAGCCUUGCUGAUUGGCUUCACGCAAGCCCUCUAUCUCAACCAACCUGAGUAUGUGGACAUCACGUCAAGGAUUCUCACCAUCAACAACGGAUCCAGCAAAGAGUUGUUGGAGGGAGACAUACUCUUGCCAAGAACCAGGAAUGCUCUGGUCUGCAGUGACAACAGCUGCUUUUGGAAGAAGUCCUCAAAUGGCCUGGUGCAGGUGCCUUACGUAUUGAGCAAUGUUUUCUCUUCCUCUGACAGGACUGUUAUUACCAAUGCCAUGGCUUCCUUCCACAACAAAACCUGCAUCCGUUUUGUUUCCAGGACAAAUCAAACUGAUUACCUCAGCAUUGAGAGCAAAGACGGAUGCUACUCUUAUGUGGGCAAAACAGGUGGUGCUCAAGUGGUCUCUCUCAGCAGGUUUGGUUGUGUUUACUAUGGCAUCGCCGAGCACGAGCUAAACCAUGCACUUGGUUUCUACCACGAGCAUACUAGGAGUGAUCGCGACAGUUACGUGACCAUCAACUGGGCAAACAUCGAUCCAUCCAAUAAGUCAAAUUUUGAGCUUAAGAACACCAACAACCUCAACACGACGUACGACUACUCUUCUGUAAUGCACUACGGAAGAACAGCUUUCUCCAUCAACGGUCUGGACACCAUCACUCCCAUUCCUGAUCCAUCAGUGGAGAUCGGACAGAGAACAGAACUGUCUGCCAUCGACAUCCUGAGGAUCAACAAGCUCUACAAAUGCUGA